GAAAAUCUGUGGUUUAUGAGCCGUAGAACCUAGAUUACAUCACAAUAUGUUCAUGCAAACCCUCGCCGGUUCCAUUUCUCGGUUUAACAUCAGUGAGACACAGCUCCAAGGAUUUUGGCAGCAGCCGUAACAAGCACUGACCUUUUUGUAUGUGUGAUUUGACAUCCUAGCUUUUCCCCCUUGUUGCUGAAAAUAAGACAGGAGUUGUUACUCAGCCUGUUCUUUGCUGUUCUCUUCCAGCUCGUUGCUGGGGAGAACUCUGGGUACUGUGACACGUGAUGAUGGCUCAGCUCUUAAGAUCCCAUCUGCUCAAUGCUUCGGUAAUUCCUACUCGAGUUAGGACACUUCCGCAUCUUGGUGUCCUUCAAGGGAGAAGGAUGUUGACCCACAGGUCCAAAAAGAAGCUCAGUGAAUAUUACAGGCUGCUGAAUUUGGACGAAGGAUGCUCUGCGGAUGAUGUAAGGGAGUCCUUUCGCAAGCUUGCCAAGCAGUACCAUCCAGACAGCGGCUCUAAGACCGCUGAUGCUGCAGCGUUUAUAAAGAUCGAAGAAGCUUACAGGAAAGUGCUUUCCCACGCCAUGGAACAAAGCAAUGCCAGGAGGCAUAAAGUUGAAGAAGCAGAGGAAGAAGAAGAAGACAAAUUCAAAUAUAAGACGCCCCAGCACCGGCAUUACUUAAGUUUUGAAGGCGUUGGUUUUGGGACUCCCAGUCAACGAGAAAAACAGUACAGGCAGUUUAGGGCAGACAGGGCAAGCGAGCAGGUGAUGGAGUAUCAGAAACAGAAGCUGCACAGGCAGUACUUUGCUGACAGUGUCACCGUUAGGGAUGUAAAACACAGCAGAGAACAAAAGAUAACUCAGGCCAUCGAGCGUCUAGUGGAGGACCUCAUUCAGGAAUCCAUGGCCAGGGGGGACUUUGACAAUCUCAGUGGGAAAGGGAAACCCCUCAAGAAGUUCUCUGGCUGUUCCUAUCUUGACCCCAUGACCCACAACCUGAACAGAAUCUUAAUCGACAAUGGUUACCAACCAGAGUGGAUUCUAAUGCAAAAGGAAAUCAAGGAUACCAUCGAGCAACUCCGAGAGGCCAUUUUAAAUUCUAGGAAAAAGCUGGGGAACCCCAUGACAGCCGCUGAGUGCCAGCAGUGGAGCCAAGUCUGCGAGCAGUUUCAAGAAAACAUCAGGAAGUUAAACAAGCGAAUUAAUGAUUUUAAUUUAAUUGUUCCCAUCCUGUCCAGGCAAAAAGUCCAUUUUGAUGCACACAAAGAAAUUGCCAGGGCCCAGAAAAUAUAUGAGACCCAAAUGAAAGCGGAAGAAGUCGCAGAAGCACACUCGGAUCCCAGCAGUGAGGGAGAGAGAGAGAAAACAGCUACAGUCAGGACAGGUGUGUUUAAGUGGGUGAAUCUGUGCAAAUUGAUUAAAAUAUGACCAAUCAGAUGUCCACUGGCCCAGGAUUGCCCGACGUAAUUUUCACUAGGGAUGCUAAAAUCUGUUGCUGUAACGUGAGAAUUUGAGAACUGGGUGCCUUUGUAAGUUUUCCCAAAACUAGUUACAUCCCUGGUGAGGUGUAUGUAUGAAAGCUGUAAGAAAGUAAAGGGAUUUUCACCCAGCUUUGCUCCAGCAAUAGCAAGCAAGAAGGAGAACUUGUACGAAAGCAGCUUAAAUCGUUUCAGAGUUUGGAUGUCAGUCAUCAGGUGUAGUGAGCCUGCGCUGGGAUUCAGAGAGGAUAUUCCGGAAGUCUGGGUGUAGUUGAAGUUCUAAUCACUUAAACACAAUUAUCAUUUGUCAUUUUGAAACACAGGUACUUAAUGAUACACCUAUACAUGGAUUAUGAGAAAUCAAAAAACUAAGUACAAUGAAAUUUAACCAAUUAAACUUACAAAUUAUUAUUAAUAUUUUACUAUGACAAGUUUGUGAAAGUUGUACUGCUGCAAUUGUUAAAGCUAGAAGCUGCUUCUAAGGCUUGUGGGACAUCCUUCCUGUGAAUCAAAAUGUUAAGAUCAGAAAAUCAGCCUGAUAGAAUUACUGCAUUCUUCCCUUUUCGAAAGUCUUUUCUGGGUGCAGAAUAAAGAAAUGAGUAUACAUUGUGCUUUUUCCUGUCUGCCUUCACAAUCCAUCAACCUCAGGAAUUGGCCAACUAGUUGAUGUGGCAGUUCUAGAAAUAAUACUCUCGUGUCCACUUUUUAAAAGUUUCAGUGCAUUUUGCGACCUUUCAGAUGUGUUUGAAGUCCUUGGGUCAGCACAGGUGUGAGAGUUCACCUCUAGCUUUCUUUGCCGCCUGAGAUUGUCAUGUUAGCUUUCCGUAAAUCUACUUAAAUCUUGUGUCUUGAAUCAGUCACCCCAGCUUUUUGGCAAUAUGUAAACCCUAAGUUCGUGUCUUAGGGGCUCAAUUUCCUGUCUUAGGCAGUCUUUAAUAAACAAAAGGAAGACAUCUGAA